UUGCUGCACGCAGUUUAAGCAGAGUCUCUGGGAAGCGCACAACGAAAUCCACUAGAUUAAGUGAAAUAAAAUUGAAUGCGCAGUUGAAUUUUCAAAACUCAAACCAAAUGUCCUUACCGACCGAGAGUACCAACCUUUUGAGCAACGAGCACUUGAAAUCGAAUGGCUACAGCUACGGACACCUAAUACAAGUACAGCAGCCACAAUUACAGCAGGGCUAUUCGCAUUGCAUCGACGUUUUGGAGAAACCAUUAUAUGACGGUUAUGCGCUCAUACGUGCAGAGGAUGACUUCUCUGCAGGGCUCUCUUUGGAAGAACUGUUACCUUUUGUUGACGAUCCCUGGUGGCAGAAACUAAGGCGUACAAUUUUCUGCACAUUUUGUUUGGUAUUUUGGUUGACUUUAAUCACCGCCUGUACACUGGCCUAUAUGCAAAUCGACAAACCCUGUACCACUACGAUCGCUGUGACGCCAAUUACAACUACAACUGCAGCUGGGGCACUUCAACAAAGUUAAUUUACAAACUAUGGGAACAAAGAAUGUCCGUUUUAAAACAAACAAAAAAUACUAAUAAAACAAUACAAAUUAUUACAAUUAA